GAUGUUCUGCAAUCUUGGCACUAACCGGAAGCGGAAAUAGCGAGGGAGCGGUUGACAGCUGCCGGACAUUCGAAGGGGUUUCGCCAACAAAACAAUAAAAUUGUGCAGAGAUGGAGUUGUGUGAAAUAUUAUACAACAAGGCUGAAUACAUCGAGACGGCAUCAGGCAACAAAGUCAGCAGACAGUCGGUGCUUUGCGGCAGUCAAAACAUCGUCCUCAAUGGAAAAACUAUCGUGAUGAAUGACUGUAUCAUCAGAGGAGAUCUUGCUAAUGUCAGAGUUGGGCGCCACUGUGUCAUUAAAAGUCGUAGUGUGAUCAGACCGCCGUUUAAAAAAUUCAGCAAAGGCGUGGCUUUCUUCCCCUUGCAUAUUGGGGACCAUGUGUUCAUAGAGGAGGACUGUGUUGUGAACGCUGCUCAGAUAGGGUCAUAUGUCCACAUUGGCAAGAACUGUGUGAUUGGUCGACGCUGUGUCUUGAAGGACUGUUGUAAGAUACUGGAUAACACUGUCCUUCCCCCAGAGACAGUGGUUCCUCCAUUUACAGUUUUCUCUGGCUGUCCAGGUUUAUUUUCAGGAGAGCUCCCUGAAUGUACACAGGAACUGAUGAUCGACGUUACCAAGAGUUACUACCAGAAAUUCCUCCCUCUCAGCCAGAUCUAGGACUGAACUUCAGUUUGUGUCUUGCUCACUUUUUCAUUCUGGGACCAAAGGAACCAAUGUGGACUAAUAUUCCCCAGCCCUCCCUUGCUCUAGAAAUGCCAAUAUUAAUUCUGUUCACAGAUGUGACCACUUGCAGUAAAAAUCCCUUACUGUGUUCAUGGCUAUGUUAACAUAGAAUCUAAAAUGUAUAAAUGUGUGUAUUAUACGCAAACACCACAUAUCUCCUGCUUUUCAUGUCAGUAUUUUUAGAUUUCUGUUAAUGUUUCUCAUUUCAUGUCGCUGCUGUGCACACCACAGUCUUGUUUUCCUGGCUGGGAAAAAUAUCACAACACAGUGAUUAGCUGUUAGACAGAAGGGCCUUUAUUUAUUGAACAGUACAAUUUCUGCAACACUAAACCUGUUCUGCGUGCAAAGACAGAUUACAGAUGCUAAUAAAUGCUUUUUUAAGAAAA